AUGGCAGCAGGUGCGUUGACCGUUCUCCUUUGUACCCUGUGCAUUGCGCUAACCCAGGGGCUAACAGACUUCCCCUUCAGAAACACCUCACUGUCUUGGAGUGACCGGGUAGAUGAUCUAGUCAGUCGUCUCUCCAUAGAUGAGAUCCAGUAUCAGAUGGCGAGGGGUGGAGCGGCCAGAGAUGGGACCCCUCCUAUCCCCCGACUUGGUAUCAAGCCAUACUCUUGGAACACGGAAUGUCUGAGAGGUGACGCGGAGGCAGGCAACGCUACAGGAUUUCCCCAGGCUCUAGGUCUUGCUGCUUCGUUUAGCCCUUUUUUGGUUUUCCAAAUAGCGGAGGCAACUGCAGUAGAAGUCAGGGCUAAAUUCAACAACUUCAGUGGAAAUGGCGUUUUUGGAACACACAAGGGCGUAAGCUGCUUCAGUCCUGUCAUCAACAUUGUCAGGGACCCCAGGUGGGGCAGAAAUCAGGAAACGUACGGUGAAGACCCUUUCCUGACCAGUAUCCUAGCAGCUAGCUUUAUCAAAGGACUACAGGGCAACGACACGCGCUAUGUGCGCACAAACGCCGGAUGUAAACACUUUGCAGCUUAUGACGGACCAGAGAAUAUACCCAUUUCAAGGUUGAAGUUCGAUGCAAUGGUAAGCGAGCGUGACCUUCGAACGACCUUCCUUCCUGCAUUCAGAGCCUGUGUAAAGGCUGGAACAUACAGUGUCAUGUGUAGCUACAACAGCGUUAAUGGCGUGCCCACGUGUGCCAGUAAGCAGCUCUUGAACGACAUUCUGCGAGAGGAGUGGGGUUUCACAGGUUACGUCGUCAGCGACGAGAACGCCAUCGAGAACGUUCAACGUGGUCACCACUACGCCGAUAACUACGUGGACGUCGUCUCUGACUGUGUAAACGCUGGAUGCAACUUAGAAUUGGCAGGACCAGAGGACAACCUUGCAUACUUUUCAAUGGCUGAUGCAAUAAAUCAAGGCAAGCUUACGGAGGAAAAGGUCAGAGAUAUGGUAAAACCCUUGUUCUAUACCCGAAUGAGGUUGGGCGAGUUUGAUCCCCCGGAAAUGAACCCAUAUUCCAAACUUGACCUCUCUGUCAUCGAAAGCGAGGCUCACCAGAUGCUUGCAAUCGACGCAGCUAUGAAGACCUUUGUAUUGCUGAAGAACGAAGGGAAUAUACUACCACUGAAGAAAGACACUUUCGACAGGAUUGCUGUUGUUGGACCAAUGGCCAAUAAUUCAUUUCUUUUGUUUGGAGAUUAUGCGCCUAAUACAUUCCACACCUUUGUACAAACACCUCUGCAAGGACUGGGUAAACUGGCACAGUCUGUCAACUACGCAUCCGGCUGUAACGACACUUUCUGUAAACAAUAUGAUGCCGUGUCCAUCAAGAAGGCCGUCGCCAGUACAGAAGUUAUAUUUGUAUGUCUUGGAACAGGGAGGACAAUUGAAUCCGAGGGCAACGAUCGCUACAACAUCAACCUCCCCGGCUAUCAACUGCAGCUGCUUCAAGACGUCGCUGCAAACAGAAAUGGGACCCCCGUAGUUCUCCUAUUGUUUAACGCGGGAGCCCUAAAUGUGACCUGGGCUGAUCAAAGCUCCGAUAUCGCCGCCAUUUUGGAAUGUUUCUUCCCAGCGCAGGCAACAGGGGAGGCACUGAGACGUGUGAUGAUAAACGAAGGUCCAGGUUCGAGUCCUGCUGGAAGACUGCCGGCUACAUGGCCCGUCUCUGAGGAUCAGAUCUUCAACAUCACCGACUAUUCAAUGGAAGGGAAGACGUAUCGGUACUUCAAGGGCGAUCCUCUGUACCCUUACGGCUACGGGUUGUCCUACACUCAGUUUAGUUACGUCUUUCUGGAGACCCCAAUAGCAAUCACAGCAGGACAAGAUCUUCAGGGCAUGGCCACCGUCAGCAACAUCGGGAAUAUUGAUGGAGAUGAGGUUAUACAAGUCUACAUACAGUGGGUGAAUGCCACCGAACCGACUCCCCAGUUACAGCUGGCCUGGUUCGACCGAGUUACAAUCCCUGCAAAUGGAGACAUAAAGGUUAAUUUCACUAUCUCUGCUGAAAGUAUGGCGUUGUGGGUUGACAACACAGGCUGGACAAUUGAGGAAGGAGAGAUGGUGCUUUAUGUUGGAGGUCAACAGCCAAACCAGAAGAGGCAGACAAGUUCCAACGUUCUACGCACUAGCUACAAGAUCGUGGGAUCGAAAUUUUUAGGACGAUAUUAAGAUGUUGUAUAUUGCCUUGUGUGGUUACAUAUAAUACAAAAGGUAGAUAAGGAUCAUCUGAUUUUGUAGGAUAAGUAUGUCAAAGCAUGUAAUAAAGAAGAAGAUCCUUCAAUAUC